GGUAAAAAGAGAUAACGGCGCCAUCUUCUCUACAACACCAGCACAUUGUGUUCUUUUCUUGUAUUCUAAAGCCAUUUCAUUGGUGUUUUGCUCUCCUGAGUUAGCUUCUGUCUGGCUAAAGUGACUCAAGAUGUCCACAGAUCCCAGCUUUAUCCUACAGAGUGGCAUCUCUGACCAGGCACAGCAGAUGCUGACCAACUUUUGGCCCCAAGCCAUCGAAAACAUAAAGAGUCUUACAGCGAGUGACUACAAAACUCAAGAAUUGCCCUUAGCGAGAAUUAAAAAGAUCAUGAAACUGGAUGAAGAUGUGAAGAUGAUAUCAGCAGAGGCUCCAGUGUUGUUUGCCAAAGCUGCAGAAAUUUUUGUGAGCGAGUUAUCUUUAAGAGCUUGGAUUCACACAGAGGACAACAAGCGAAGAACGUUACAGCGUAACGACAUUGCCACAGCUAUCUCUAAGUAUGACCAGUUUGACUUUCUCAUAGACAUUGUGCCCAGGGAAGAACUCAAGCCUAGCAAAAGACAGGAUGACCUCACAAGAACAGGGAACUCCUUACCAGAACAGAUCCAGUACUAUCUACAGCUAGCACAGCAGCAGUCCCAGCAGAGUCAGCAGCAACAGCAAACACAGCCACAGCAACAGCAGCCAGCCCAACAGGCACAAACACAGCAGGCAACACAAGUCACUCAGGCUACCCCAGUCUUACAUCAGAUCCAACCACAGACCGCAGUUCAGCAGCAGGCGACCACAGUAGCGACAGCCCAACAAACAGCUAGUGUGCAGUUGCCAGGUGGUCAGAUUAUACAACAGCCUUUCCAAAUCCAGCAGGGCUCUCAAGCUCAGGUGAUUCAACUUCCUCAACAAGUGUCUCAACAAGUUGUGUCCCCAGUACAAAACACUGUUCUGCAACAGUUACAACAACAACAACAACAGCAGCAGCAACAACAACAACAACAGCAGCAGCAGCAGCAGCAACAGCAACAACAGCAGCAGCAGCAGCAGCAACAGUUACAAGCACAAGCACAGCCUCAGCAGCAACAACAACAACAGCAGCAGCAGCAGCCACAACAGUCUGCUCAGGUGUACCAGCAAGUGAUAACAGCUUCAGGACAAGUUGAGACAAUCCCGAUCCAACUGACCCCACAACAGCUACAGACCAUUCAGCUCCAGCUGCAGAACAAGAUCGGUGGCCAGCAAAUAGUGGUGCAGUCCCCUCAGCAGACAGACCAGACGGCACAGUUCACACAGGCUCAGCAAAUGUACCAGCUACAGCAAGCGGCAGGCGGUCAACCACAGAUCUUUAUCCCAUCUGGAGAUGAUCAGGCUGAGGGGACGGCAGACUCUUAGAAACAGAAACUGUUCCAUUGACCUGACUGUGUAAGACCCUUGGAGGGAAGAAUUUGGAAUGGGGAGGUGGACUUCAUUUUAACUUCUGUUGUUGUUAAACCGCGGGCUAAAGAGCUGUCGCUUUGAGGAUGGCACAUUUGUGCAACGAUGGUGACCUACUCAAGUGCGCAGUGCAGUACUUUAAGUUGAGGACAAUGGACACUUUGUGUGCUGUUCUAUUUGAAGUUUAAAUGUUGAUUAAGUGCCUGGAGACACUUCGACAUGCACUAUACUGCACUGAUAAUGAUGGACAUGGAGAGCAGCAGUGCAGUUGUGGAGAAAUCUUGCUUGUAUAAUUGAACAGAUGUUUGAAGAAUUUUUACUCUAAAGUUCACUAUAUAAUGGCAAACAUACUAGAAUUGACAAUAUCUUCGACAUUCAUGCCAAAGACUUUAUUUCUUUUAAAGUUUGUUUUAGUUUAGUGACAAAUGUUUUGUUGUGUUUAUAAAA